UCGAGCAUGGCAGAGACAGUGAGCGCAAGUGCAAUAGUUCUUCAAGUCCUGGGCAGAGAAAACUAUGAGGAUUGGAGUGUACGGGUCAGAACCUAUUUGAUGGCAAAAGACCUUUGGGAUGUGGUUGAAGCCCGUGGUGAACCACCUAAACCUGAGAAGGGUGAAGCUAAGUAUAAGACCUGGAGGAAAAACAAUGCAGAGGCUCUGCAUGCAAUUCAAAUCUCUUGCGGUCCUGAUACAUUUCCUUUGAUUCGUGACAAAAUCACGGCAAAAACUGCGUGGAACACUUUGGUAGCCGAGUUCAAGCCAGAUUUACAGAAAACUCCAGAGACAGUGACCGGAAGUGCAAUCGUUCUUCAGGGCAGAGAUAACUAUGAGGAUUGGAGUGUACGGGUCAGAGACUAUUUGCUGGCAAAAGAUCUUUGGGAUGUGGUUGAAGCCCCUGGUGAACCACCUAAACCUCAGCAGGGUGAAGCUAUAUAUAAGACCUGGACGGAAAACAAUGCAGAGGCUCUGCAUGCAAUUCAAAAUUCUUGCGGUCCUGAUACGUUGCCUUUGAUCCGUGACAAAAUCACGGCAAAAACUGCGUGGAACACUUUGAUAGCCGCGUUCAAACCAGAUUUACAGAAAAUUCCAGGAAAUGCCAACAACUUUCAUCAAUAUGAAGCUCUGUUUAGAGCUGUGAAGGAUGGGGACUGCAACGCCACUAAUGAGUUUCUUGAAAAAAAUAAGAAUGCAGUGAGUGCCCGAAUUACUUACUUAGGGAAAACAGCUCUCCACACCGCAGCCGAUGCCGGGCGGACAAAAAUAGUGGAAUUAUUGGUGAAAAAGAUGAGAAAGGAAGACUUGGUGAUACAAGGGAAUGAUGGCAAGACUGCUCUUGUUGUUGCUAUAAAUAGAGGAGACAUGGAAAUGGUUAAAUGCAUGGUUAGAAAGAACAAAAAUAUCGUUCGCAUUCUUGAUCGUUCCAACAGACUUCCUGUUGUCUUGGCUUAUCGAAAUAGCUUUUGGGAAAUAGCUAGGUAUCUCUAUUCUAUUACUCCACCGGAAGAUUUAAAUGGCUCUAUUAAUGGCGCAACACUAGUUUCUCAAUGUUUUUAUGCACAACAAUAUGAUAUUGCGUGGGAUCUAAUUCACCGGUGCCCAAACUUAAUCACUACUAAAGACCUCUUUGAGGAAUCUCCAUUAUUUGCAUUGGCUUCUGUCCCUUCUGCAUUCCCGAGUGGCAUGCCACUAAUAUUCUGGAAAAAGUGGAUCUAUAACUGUAUUCAUAUACAACCUGCUUCUCCUUUUGUCAAUAUAACAAUUGAAGAUGAUACCAACACCAACAAUAAUAACACCACCGCCACUUCAACAUCAUCAUCGUCAUCUACAUUUCACAAGAAUUUCAUAUGCUCAGGAAUCAACCACAUAUAUAGAAUGAAACUAGUUCAUACCCGAUCUAGUGAAUUUCUUGAAUACAUGUGUGAUAGGAUAAAGAGUUUGAACAGCGAACAAAUGAAAGAUGGAGUUGUACAAUCAUCAGUCUUACGAGCUGUCGAGAGAGGAAUUCCUGAGUUUGUUAAAUCCAUAUGUAAUGCGAAUCGAGAACUUGCUCGAAGCACUAACGAAAUGGGACGCAGCAUAUUUCACUAUGCCAUUGAAUGUCGACAAGAAAAAGUUUACAACCUUAUUUAUGGGCAUGACAUGAGAAAUGCGAUUUCAAGUCUUACAGACGCGUAUAAUAAUAACAUGUUACAUAUGGCAGCAUUGUUGUCUCCAUUUGCACAGCUCAAUCGGAUUCCAAGUGCAGCUUUACAAAUGCAAAGAGAAUUACAAUGGUUCAAGGAGGUGGAGACUGUUGUAGCUCCCAAGGCCCGUGAGUUCAUAAAUUGGACCGAUUAUAUGACACCACGGGAUCUAUUUACAAAACAUCACAGAAAUUUGUUGAAGGAAGGAGAAAAAUGGAUGAAAGAUACUGCAACUUCUUUUACAGUGGUCGGGGCUCUUAUUGUUACCCUCAUGUUUGCUACAGCAUUUACGAUUCCUGGAGGAUAUAAAGGAGAUACAGGUUUUCCAAUAUUCAUAAAUGAAAGAUUGUUUAUGGUAUUUAUAAUUUCAGAUGCCAUUUCACUAUUUUCAGCUACAACUUCGUCCUUGAUGUUUUUGGGAAUCCUCACUUCACGUUAUGCAGAAGAUGAUUUUCUCAAAUUUCUACCCACAAAGAUGAUAAUAGGGCUAUUCACCCUUUUUUUCUCCAUUGCAACCAUGAUGAUAGCAUUUUCUGCCGCCCUGCUCCUUAUACUUAAAGAAAAACCAUGGACUACCACUCCAAUUAUUUUGUUAUCUUGUGUUCCAGUUACCUUAUUCGCUGCUAUAAAAAUUCCUCUUCUUGUUGAAAUUCUUCUUUCUACAUACGGACGAGGAAUAUUUGAUAAGAAUGCUUGUUUAGACUUUGAUUUGGAAAAAUGGUUGCAACAAAUCUUGCAUUUAGAGAGCGAGCCACAAGAGGCUUGCCGAGCUGAUGUUAACCGUAGGACUCAUAAGGCCAUUGACAGGGAUCAUCUUGUGGACUUGUCCAUACAGCUGCCCCUAUAUGGUGGUGUUCCUGAUGGUGUUGUCGAGUUGCUUGGUCUCGACGCUGGUGCUGGAGCUAGGGGGAAAGAGAGUGUUCCGGCAGUGGAGGUGCCAGUGGCUGACCUACAGGAGCGUAGUGUUGAUGAUGUCGUGCAUAAGGAGGCACCUCUGGAUAAUGUUCUUGUUGACAUCAGCUCUGGUGAAACCAAGGUGGCAAGCCAACAUGCCCCCAAUGUUAGUUCUGUGGUAGUUACUGGUUCUAGGCGUACUGUUGAGCGGGUUGAUCGAGUUGUCGCUUCUGAAUGUGUGAGGCGUGUGGCCGAGUCCCUGGCUUCCUUGGUGUCUGAUGCCCGUGCUAGGAGUACCGAGCCUUUAAAAAAGAAAAGAAAGGGUGGUGGUACUCGUCUUGGGCAUCUUGCCAUGGGUUUAUCCCUGAAUCUCGGGCUCAGAAUAAGGCUCGACAAACCAGCAACCAAGGGGGAAAAUCCAAGUCCCACUCUAGUGGUGGAUCUCGGUACUCCCGAGCUGAGGUUACUGGUAGUCUGA